CAUUUUCGGUCUGCCGAACUUCGGUCACACUUCAACAUUUUGGAUUUUAUUUUCUGUGUGUUUUUCCAAAAUUUCCUCAGAUUCUGGCUCUAAGCUUUUGCGGUUUUUCUGAAAAUUGUGCGCACCUCCAUGCGAAUGCCGCACGGCGCGAUAGCAAUCACUGGAACUUGAUGCCCUACCCACAGGCAUGGCGGUCAAGGUGCAAUUCGAAAUUGGCCAUACGUCGAAGCUGCGCAGCAAGAAGACACCGCAUCCGCAGGCCUUUACGCACGACUGGGAGAUCUAUGUCCAGGGUGUAAACAAGGCGGACAUCAGUGCCUUUGUGGAGAAAGUGGUCUUUCUGCUGCACGAAUCCUUUCCAAAACCUAAACGAGUGGUCAAGGAACCGCCGUAUGCCAUUCAUGAGUCCGGCUACGCUGGCUUCCUACUGCCUGUUGAGAUUUACUUUCGCAACCGCGACGAACCCAAGCGCAUUGUUUACCAGUACGACCUGGUACUGCAGUCCACGGGUCCACCGCAGCACCACGUCGAGGUAAAGACGCACAUUUUCGAAGCCCCGUCGGAGGAGUUUCGCACGAAACUUAUGCGAGGCGGUGGAGUGCCAGUGUUUGGAGCUAACAUCGGUGCCGGUAGUCUCGCCCGAACGCUUUCGCCCAGCGUUGGCAGCGGAGAGACGUCGCACAGUAAUGAGAUGGCUGGUGUCAAAGCCAAAGGCGUACCUGGUACAAUCUCCAUGAACGUGGAUUCGAAUACCGGCAAGAAACACAAGUCGCGCAUCGAGGAUCCCGGAAAGAGCAACGCCUUCUCCGCCCUCUUCGGUCCGCCCAUCACCAAGACCACCGUGACUGCCAACAACAUGGCCCAGGUCCCUGUUUCCAAGCACUCUCCUGAGGCUAAAACCGCAGGCGUCGGCGGCAAAGGUGGCUUUCACGAGGGCAGGGAGAAGGCGAGCAAGGAUCGGGAUAAAUCCAGCGGUGGAGACAAGCCGCGGGAAAAGGACAAGAAGGAUCGGCAUGGUCGCGACAAAGACCGAAAGUCUAGCAAGUCCGGCGAUGGCAAGCACGAACGGGAUAAGGAGAAGUCCAAAAAGGAUAAAUCACGGGACAAGGAGCGUGAACGCGAGCAAAGCUCAGGCAACACCCCUUCCGCCAGUGCCCUAACGGUGAGUACUUCUGUGGGCACAGCUGGAGGAUUGGUUAAACACACAGCUAGCCCAAAGCCUGGAAAGCCAAACGAAAUGGGUGCGCCCAGUCCCAAGAAGACGGCAAAUGAUUUAGGCGCCGGUGCGGCAGCACCUGCUUCCCGUUCCAAAGAGCGCGACGAGCAUAAGUCCGUCAAGUCCGAGUCCAAGGACAAGGAGCGGAGCUCCAGCAAGAAAUCCAAAAAGGACAAAAAGGAUAAAGACAAGGAGCGCGAUCGCGAUAAGCAGCGCGAUGAGAGCAAAGACAAGCGAAUGCCCAAAGAAGAGCGUUCUGGCCAGUCCGACAGUCCGGCCGCCGGAAACCUUCAAUCUGCCCACCUGCAGCAGCAAUCCCAGGUGGCCAGUACCGGUAAGGCCACGCCCACAUCGGUUGGCAGCAAUAGCAGCAGCAGUAUGGUCUCAAGCAGUGGCAAGCAAAAAGAGGAGGCCACGGGCAAGCAUUCCGAGAAGGCGUCAGACUCCAAGGGUGAUAAGAGCACAAGCAAUGGAAAUGCGACAGACACCAAGAAAUCGCACAAGCACAAGAAGAAGGACAAAAGCAAGGACAAGGAAAGAGAGCGCAACGAUCGGGACAAGGACAAAGACAAGGAGCGUGACAAAGAUAAGCUGAAGGAAAGGGAGAAGGACAAACAACAUGCGACCGGCUCCGAGAAGUCAUCGGCGGUCGAGCCAUUGGCCAAAAUGGAUGGGGCUAGUCCUGCCACCGAGGGAGGGGCGCCGGACAAGACCCCUGCUAGUGCUACUGCCAGCAGCGGCAGCAAGAAGGAGAAGCACAAAAAGUCCAAGGAGAAGUCCUCUGGGAAGGAUGAGAAGCGCCAACGGGAGACCGGCGAUAAGCAAGCCGAUUCCAAGCACACUGGAAAGCAACAGCCACAGUCGGGCCAGUCACAGAACAAAACUCCCAGCAACCUGGAUCUUAGCGAUAUGGACUCAGCCCAGUCGGCGCCGGAUCUUGCCGCCACCAACGCUCUGGCUGCAGCAGCAGCUGCCACCCUCCAGCACUCCGACAGCUCCAACAGCAGUUUUCCCGACCUACCCGCCAGGAGUAGCAGCCAGCAAAAGCCGACGAAGGGCAAUACCGCAUCCGGCAAAGAGGCGAAGUCGGCUGGCAAGGAACACAAGGGCAAGUCCAAGCAAAGCGAGAAGAACCUUGACAAAAACAGCGACAAGACGGAAAAGCCAGACAAGACUCCGGACCCCAAACUAGAAAAGUCCGAGAAGUCGGAAAAAGAGGAGAAGAAGCGCAAUCGAAGAAGCUCACAAAGUAGUAACAGUGGCAGCGGUGCAGGAGUCGCCGGUGCAUUCAUUGAACCUCCUGUUAAGGCCUCAAAAAAGGAGCAGAGUAAGGCGGCGAGCGAAAAAUCCAAGUCGCCCUCGCUGCGUCCAGCUAGAGAAACCAACUCCACAGGCACUGGAGCCGGGACGCCCAAUGCCGGAUCCGGAUUUCUUGCUCCGCCAUCAUCUUCGCCCAGCAACAACCAUAGCGCAGCUAUAGCGGCUAGCUUGAAUAAUAAUAAUAAUAAUAAUAUCAACAACACGAACAGCAACAGCAGCCAUUCGCCCGGGGAGCUAUUAACGCCCGGCCAGCUCCAGCUGCCCACGGAGUAUUUGAGCGAGCUGCAGGAGCUGCACCACAAGAUUAUGACGCUGCAGGACAAUGAGGAGUUGCAGCAGGUGGUAGAGAUGAUCGCGGCCACCGGCUGCUACGAGAUCACGCACAAGACGUUCGACUUCGACCUGUGCAAGCUGGACCGCGGCACCGUGCAGCGCCUGCAGGAGUUCCUGGCGACGUCGGUCUCGUGACACUCCCUGACCUCCGCGACUGGCCCGGCUCUCUACAGCUAGACGAUGCACAAACCCCUCAUGCACAUAACCAAAUCAUUAAUCUUAAAGUUAACGAUGUAAGCCAAAUGCAAAUGAACUUGGCUCGCACACAGCCUCAAUUCCCCAAGCUA